ACCAAAUUUGAGUUAUAAAAACAUCAUUUGAAUUUCAAGUGUUUUCAAGAAAACAAAGCAAGAAGAAAAUGGCUGACAACUCUCAGAAAAUGAGCUACCACGCUGGUGAGGCCAAGGGCCAAGCUCAGGAGAAGGCCAGUGGGAUGAUGGAUAAGGCUAACAAUGCAGCCCAAUCUACCAAGGAGACAAUGCAAGAUGCUGGUCAGAAUAUGCAGGCGAAGGCUCAAGGAGCUGCUGAUGCAGUCAAGAAUGCCACUGGCAUGAACAAAUGAAGCUGCUCAUGAUGAUCAAUUUCAUGACAUUUAAUGACUUUAUAGAGUUAAGAUAAUGACAAACUUUGUUUGAGUUUUAUAGACUUUGAUGUAAUUUUUUUUUUCUUUCUUACUCUUCUUUUGAAUGAAUGAACUAAAAAUUGCAUAAAAUU